UUUAAAACCAAUUUAACCGAAAAGAGAUGCCAAUUCGCUUACAAUGAAGAUGAGUAGGCUAGCUUAUCACAUUUCACAAAACCUUCAAUCCUGGAUAUCCCCAUGACAAGGUUAUAUGGCAGACUUACCAAACCACCUUUCCGUAAACUAAACUCCAGAUGGAUUUUUUUUACCUUGCAUGCCUACACCCGAAUAAUGAAUUAGCAGGCAGUACAAUUAACUUGAAAGAUCUCCAGUUACACGAAGCCUAACAUCAAUUACCGGUAUCAGACACGACCAAAGCCGUCCCUACUCAUGCACUAAUAAGUCGAGGACUGUGCGACGGCUUCUGUUCUGUGGCUUACUGCCACAGAAUGCUAUCUAAGGAAACAAAUCGUAAACAGAGUUCUCUUAAAUGCGAGAUUUUUAAUGACAUACACAACACUUCCUUAAGUCUCUUGUUCAAAUGUAUGUGGUAAUUUAGAGGGCUCUGUACGUUUAAGCACCCCAUUACUUGCCACACACCCUAAAUAAUUCGGUCUAAUCACAAACGGACCUUGCCUCGCGUUUUCAGACUAAGACAACAACACCCUUCCAAAUCUGAAAGAAUUUUUAGUCGACUGAAACAUAUUCUACCUGGUGACUUUCUAGGUUGGUCUCGGUUUCGUCUUCACAACAGUUCUUAGUCCAAACAAAAGCACAAACGGUCUAAAAACAACCACGAUGAACGUAUUAGCUUUCCAUAAUGUGGCAUUUGCCAUCACUUACAGAAUGAAACUUCAUGGGGUUAAGUGGAGGUCUAUAACAAAUGUAGUCUUGAAAACAGAAGUCAAUUGUUAUAAUCGGACUAUAAAACGGAAUUACAGGCAAUAGCAAGAAAUUGCGCGUGGCCUAGAAAUCGUAGAAUGCACUGAAAAGAACAGACUUCCGUAAAUAAUGUAAAUUUCCAUAAGCGGACCGUGUGAGGGCUUCGGAAACUUGCUGCGUGACCGUUUACUUUCAUGCUCUAUAUUGACAACAAUUGCCGAAAAUGUACCAUGAAGACGAUUCGUUAAUUGUUCACGAAUACUGGGUAAAAUUUGCUUCAGUCAGAGUGAACAGAUGCAUAGACACUCGUAACGGGGGUGCAUGGUAUCCCUUGGGCAGUUUGUGCUUUUUGAGUAAAAAAAUACACUACCCAAAAUUACUUGGAAUUGCUAAAAGAUAUCUCUGAUGUUAUCAGAGAUAUCUCUAUUUCUAUCUAAACGAUAUCUCUGUUUGUUUUUGUAAGCCAAUAGGAUACAAAUUAUGAAUGUUUAUGAGUGCAAUGUUAAGAAUAAUUUCAUAAGGUGACAGAUGAAAUGUUCCCUUCCAGCUGCCACUGCCUUUACAAUCUUGUGGAGAUAAUAAAAUUAUUAAAUAUUUGUAUAAACUGCUUAUUGGAAAUGCAAAUUCAAUACUGUUUUUGCAAAAUGUGCAUUUUGUGGCAGACAUUAUUGCCAUCCAAGACUUAGUUUUUUGCAAACUUUGGCCGUCCAUACAAAAUGGCGGUCAAUUAAUGUUUGUAAACAAAAGAUCGACAGGCCUGAUGAACCAAAUCUCAGAUCGUACUCAGAAGUCUCAACUUAACCUUUAAAAUGUCAAGUAAAUGCUUACAUAGUGAAUAAAUAUCUGGUGUAUAAAAUUUCUUUCCUUUGUGUCUUUGAACUAGCUGGGCACACCUUUUUCCAAACAGGAUUGACGGUACACACUUAAACCACAACCCGGAAAUGAACCGGAAUAUUACUGCGUAAUUGACUGAUCCAAAGCAGAACGUUCGUUUCACUCGUAUCAACUUUCCAUCAAGCAACCAAGCAAUGACGAUAGGUACAUCUACAUACAGUUUUGUGAGGAGGCAAGUGUCACGAAAGAUUGGAGGUGGUUUUGUGUGAUCCCAGGUCAUCGGGUAUAAACAAAAUCUUGUAGCUGUUUGAAGAAAUUGGAAACCACUAACGGCCAUCAGCUUGCAUGGUUGGAUAGAUCAUUGGGUACGAGCGAACGUAUAUCAAGGUGUCCAUGCAGUUCCUGCAGUACAUGCCAAACCACAAAGAGGAACAUUAAGUAUUAGUCAUCUGUGCAAAUUUCCAAGCAUCAGGACUGUCAAUAUUUCCUGCGCUCGUCGACUGCCAGAGAAAUUCGCUUUUACACCCAUUCAACGAGUUUUAAGCCAUGGAGGACGAUUCCUUGUACUCUUCUGAACUUCACGUCAGGGACAGUGUGUUCAUAUACAACUCCACGGAAAGCCCGUCGUACGAAUUCAGCGACUACGCACAGCGAGCCGUUGUAGCCACAUUGUACUUGAUCGCUUCUGUUCUGGGCAUCGCCGGCAAUUCCCUAGUGAUAUGGGCAGUGUUUUUUUCUAGGAAGCUCCGGACGACCACUAACGCCUUCGUGGUGAACCUCAGCGUGGCGGACCUGCUGACGUCGCUGGUGAUCCCCUGGGAUGCGGUGGAGCUGCUAGGAAGUGAUUAUCUGCCUGUAAACGAGUGGAUUUGCAGCGCAGUCGCUUUCAUGCAGUACACGACGGUGGGCUGCAGCACGUGCACUCUAGCGUCUGUGGGCGUGAACCGCCUUCUCCUGAUCACGCGCCCCACGACAGUCUACCAGAUCAUUGAUACACCCAGAAAGAUCGCCGUGUGGCUGGUUGCCACGUGGCUCGUACCGCUCCUAGUCGUACUCCUGCCGCCACUCCUCAACGUUGGUGGCAUCGGCUACAACCAAAAGUACCACAACUGCGGGUCCAAAUCCUCCCACCCGCGCUCAGACACCUACGAUGUUAUAAUAGCAGGAAUCUUGUAUCCCGCCCCACUCAUCGCAAUUAUCGUCUGCUAUGCUCUCAUCUGGAGGCAUUUGAAUCGCCACGCCAGGAAUAUGACCAGAGCGCUGGGGGAGCCCUGCCAAGUGACCUUAGACGAUCCUUCCUCAGACCGUGUGACUUCGGCUACAUCAGUCUCCGUGAUUCGCUCAACGUCGACUCCAAAGUAUCUUUCCAGCCGAGCGCCGACCCGACAGUGUACUGCCAUCGGCCAAUCUAGGAUGAGCCACCGUCAGUACGAAAUCACCAAGAACAUGCUUUAUGUCGUCUGUGCCUUCUUUCUGUGCCUGACGCCUUUCGCCAUUUGCCUCUUCUACGACGACAGCGACCCGUUCCUUCCUUACGCCUCUGCGAUCCUGGUCUUCAACAGUUGCAUCAACCCGCUGAUCUACGCCACCAAGCACCGUGACUUCAAGACCGUCUUUGGUUGCAUCUUACGCCGCAAGUGGGAUAACAUCCCCGAACCCUCUGAGUUUCUCAAGGCUAUGAGACGAAGAAAAUGUUGUCGUCGGAAUAUGCCGACAGAAUGACUACCACCAUUAACUUUAUUAAACGAACUUGAGGCAUCCAGUUAAAUUUGAUUUACGUUUUACAUUUGAACGCGACUUUCCUGACACGACAACAUUGGUACUCGAAUACAUCACAACUACAUGUACAAAAAUGUACAUGUAUAUACCUUUAUCGUUGUGUCAAAGCACUGAUGAUUAUAACGGCCUUGAAAGAGAUACUUUUCUUCAGUCUCACAAGUUUUGUGUACAUAUUGAACUAAUGUUACGUUCCUUAACUCUCCACAAUUACACAGUCUUUGUCGACUGUUAAGAAGAACGCACUGCAUGACAAAAAUUGUGACUGAUUACAUUUAACUUAUAGUACUUUUGUUUCAUACAAUGUGAUUGUUUCAACACUGCUUUCAGAUUCUAGGUAUCUAAUGGCUCAAAAACAUCUCUCUUGUUCUCUCCGCUGAUAAAAAUGGGGUAAACCAUAGCCUACAUGAAAGUGCAUGCUUCAUAACUUUUGACAGUUUAAUUUGCCUAUGUGCCAGCUAUUCGCUAAACGAGGUAAUAACGUGCCAGUCAUAAGCACAUCAAUCUCCAAGGCAGUGAACCCUGAGAAACGCGUUUGUUGUCAUCGUCCAUCCCCAGUCGCUUCAAUACCUACGGUACCCUAAAUUUUAAAAAGCCAAUAAUUAGCAAAGAUCACAGGGACUCAAAAUAAGGGAUGUGGGGCCAUAACAAUAUUUGCUGUAUUGUGUUUUAGUACCGGUAUACAACAAAUGUUCAGGAACACUAUAAUUUUAACAAAUACCUGUAAAAUGUUAUACCUCUCUAUGAUCCGUUUUAUUCCAAGUGUGGCGUAGGAAGGACUGUCUGUGUGAGGCCUCCAUAUGUGUACUUUAUCCCCCUCCCCCCCAAAAAAAAUAAAAAUUUAUAAGCAGUUGGCAUGUCACAUAUACUUUUUUUACCCAAACACUUUAAUAAAAUGAUUACUAGAGUUAAAUGAACCAUGACAUAAUGAUCAGUGGUACUAUAACCAAACGUUCCCCAAAUAGUUUUUAUUUUAAAUUCUUACAAAAUCUCAAACGCCCCUCUCUUAAUUAAGACUUUAUUUUGCUGGUUAAAUAGUUGGAAGCUUCUAUUGGUUUCAUGACAGAGGUCGAUCAAUGUUGGGACACAAGCUCUCAACAUUUUCAAGAUGAUGAAAUAAAAACCUUAAUCAGAUUAUAAUUUCUUUGACACACUACAUCAGCCCAAAGGGCUAAAAAGAAACGAGACGGUCAGCUUUUUCUCCACCAUGAUGUGUUCUGUUACUGUCUAGGCUACAGGAAAAAACUAGCUUACCCUCUAUUAUAAAAACACCUAGAUAACAAUAAAAGUAACCCAUGGACUUUC